GGACCUGUACAGCAAACGGGUUGUGCCCUCCGAUCCUAUAUGAAAGGAUCAAACUUUAUCCUUGGCUCCAUGACAGGCGCAGUCAGCAUGAACCGUUUGACAUACAUUUCUACAGCGCGAGGUCUUCAAAGAGAGAAAUCUCCAACCCCUACGUGAUUCGUACCGAGAAUCCUGGCGGGUCACAUCGACAUUUGUGCCUGCGCCGUCACUCUUCAGGCACAAGCGCAGUCUAGAGCACAGGGCAAGGUAAUUUACUUUUGAUCCUCAACAUUCAAUACCGAGCUCAAGUACAUGCAAUGACUCACGGAAACAUUUGUUAUUGUUUACUGCGAAUGAUGCGCUGUCCCUCGCAUUCUGUGAUGACACCUUUCACCCUCCAAUUCGCUACAGCUGGCCCUGUCCCUCAGCUGCCUGUUGGGACUUCUUCACCAACACCUCAACUGCUUCCUAACCAAGCUGCUCAUGAAUGCACAUUGUUCGAGGCUGUCGUUGGCCUCGGUCAAUGCACUGAACACCUUGGCAAUGCCGUCUUAGGCAUAGCAAAUCAUUUCACUCAUUUCCAGUCCCAGCUGGCUCCUGCUCAGCCAGCUCCUCAUCCAGUCUCUCAAGAACGGCCAUCUGCUAUACAGCUGGCCAAACCGAGGGUCUUCGAUGGCAAGGCUAGCUCCGUCGUCAGUUUUCUUCAGGAGGUUCACACGAACAUCACCCUUGGCAAGGCGUCUGUCCCUACAGAUGCCAAAAAGAUCGCUUUCAUGACCAGCUAUUAUAAGGAUGGUAAGCCCACACUUUGGCACCAUUCUCUCGAGCUUUCCCAGGACCCUGUUCUGGGAGACUUCGAAGCUUAUCUCAAGGCUUUUAAAAACCGCUUCGAGAGUCCUGACCUUGUUGAACGGAUGAUGGACAAGGUCGAGACAAUGACUCAGACCUGCUCUGCUGCUGAAUACUCUGCUCAUUUCCAGGAGGCUCUCAAAUACCUCGACAUUAAUGAACUGCUUAAAAUUCACUAUUUCCAUCGAGGUCUCAAGGAAGACAUCAAGAAUGCUUGGGUCUUCUGUCGUGACAAGCCCGUCAUCUUCCAAAAGUACAUAAGUGAGUCUAUUGCUAUAGAUAAUCAUAUUUUCCAGUGCACCCGGGAAUGUCAUUUCGAGUCUUGCCAUAACUUGGGUCCUGCUACCUGUCGCGAGUGUGAGCGUCCUCCUGCAUUCAACAUCAAUCAAGCCCCUCAGCCUUCGAUGUCUUCAAUGGCAUCUAAUUCUGGCAUUGUUCCUAUGGAGGUUGACUCUGUUCAGCAUGGGCCUCUUACUGCUGAGGAGAAAGACCGUCAUCGAAAAGAGGGUCUUUGCUUCUAUUGUGGCAAAGGUAAGCACCAAGCUUCUGAGUGUCCGAAUAAAACCACCAAGCCCAAGAAGGGCAAAGGCCAGGCUUCUCCCUCUGCAGGAAAAGCCUAGCCAGGGGUUCCUUUGUCCCAGAGCCCCCAGAUGACUUAGGGACUCAGGCAUCCACUUCGGGGGCUAAUGGCUCUUUUGUAUGAAUGGACAAUGGUACAUGGAGUUCGAAGUUGCCUGUGAACACUCCAAUUUAUAUUCAUUCUACUCAUGUCCAUAAUAACCUCCGAAGUCUGGA